CGACCGCCUUGACCCAACGUCCCUUCCCUUUACCAUCCAUCCACCCCUCCUGCCCUCCCCCCCCCCAACCCUUUACAAGGCAUCCACCAUGCCCAUGUCACACAAGAUGCUAAGCUUCGUCGAGGACUUCAGGCCCAGGGACAUGACGGCACCCCCGUCUGGACAUGGCGACGUUACCACGUCAUCGCCUAGCACUACGUCGUACGAGAUGAAGACUUCGGACGACCCAGAGAAGGCUACCGCCGAAGUAUCGGAGAUGACCCGCGAGGACUUCACUGGUGUGGGUCCUCAUGGCAGCCCUGCUCAACACGGUGUCGUCACCGAUGCCCAAGGUCGUCGAUACGCCACGGCCGACACCGGUCUCAAGCGUAACCUCUCCAGCAGGCACAUGCAAAUGAUUGCCUUCGGCGGUGCCAUUGGUACCGGUCUCUUCGUCGGAUCCGGAGGCGCACUCGCUAAAGGUGGUCCGGCCUCGCUGCUUAUGGACUUCAUCAUCAUGGGUGUCCUCCUCGCCUCUACCAUCCUCGCCCUCGGUGAGCUCGCUACCGUCCUGCCCGUCUCUGGAUCCUUCGCCGCCUACAGCACCCGCUUCAUCGACCCAGCCUGGGGUUUCGCCAUCGGAUGGAACUACUGGAUGCAGUGGUUCGUCAUUCUGCCCCUCGAACUCGUCGCCGCCUCCAUUGUUAUCGGCUACUGGGACCCUAACGAGAACAUCACUCCUGGAGUGUGGAUCACUCUGUUCAUCAUCCUCGUCUUCUUCAUCAACUGCUUUGGUGUACGUGGCUACGGAGAAUGGGAGUUUGCCUCGUCGGGUAUCAAGAUCCUGGCCGUCCUCGGUUUCAUCAUCGUAGGCAUUGUCAUCCAGACUGGUGGCUCCCCCAGCGGCGAGUACCUCGGAGCGAGGACCUGGCAGAACGGUGAAGCAUUCAAGAACGGUUUCAAGGGUUGGUGCUCCGUCUUCGUCACGGCCUCCUUUGCCUUUGGUGGUACUGAGCUCGUCGGUCUCGCUGCCGCCGAGUCUGCCAACCCGCGCAAGGAGGUUCCCAAGGCAUCCAAGCAGGUCUUCUACCGUGUCUUCUUCUUCUACAUCAUCACCCUCUUCCUCAUCACCCUCAUCGUCCCCUCUGACACGCCCGCCCUCCUCGGUGGCUCCUCCUCGUACGAUGCCCGCGCCUCGCCCUUCGUCAUUGCCAUGGAGAUCGGCAAGAUCAAGGUCCUCCCCGACAUCUUCAACGCCGUCAUUCUCGUCUCCGUCUUGUCCGUCGGCAACUCGUCCGUCUACGGUUCAUCGCGUACCCUCUGCGCCAUGGCUCAGGUCGGCCUCGCACCCAAGAUCUUCGGCUACGUCGACAGGAAAGGUCGCCCCACCUACGCGGUCCUCCUCUCCCUCGCCUUUGGCUUCCUCGCCUUCCUCGUCUACUCUGCCUCGAAGAACGACGUCUUCGACUGGCUCUUGGGAUUGUCUGGUCUCUCGUCCAUCUUCACCUGGGGCUCCCUCAACUGGUGCCACAUCCGUUUCCGUCAAGCAUGGAAGCUCCAGGGCAAGACUCUUGAGGAGCUCCCCUGGAAGUCGCCCCUGGGCACCUGGUUCUCGUGGGUCGGUCUCUUCCUCAACUUCAUCGUCCUCCUCGCUACCUUCUACAAGGCUGGCUGGCCC